AUGGGCGGUAGUGGAAUGGGUAGGGGGAAUGGAAUGAAUGGAAACGGUAAUAAUGGAAUGGGCGGACAGAAUGGAAACGGAAUGGGUGGACAAUACGGAAACGGUAUGGGUGCGAACGGAAUGGGAGGAAAUGGCGGAAUGGGUGGACGUGGAGGAAACGGCAACGGAAUGGGUGGUAACGGAAUGGGAGGCAAUGGCGGAAUGGGUGGACGAGGAGGAAACGGCAACGGCAUGGGAGGAAAUGGAAUGGGUCCAGGUGGAAUGGGUGGAAACGGAAUGAAUGGAAUGGGAGGUUAUGGAAACGGUAUGGGCGGCAACGGAAUGGGUCCUGGAGGUAUGGGUGGAAAUGGAAUGGGUCCAGGUGGAAUGGGGCCGGGCGGAAUGGGAGGUCAAGGCGGCUACAAUGGAAGAGGAGGGCAAAACGGAAUGGGUGGACAAAAUGGAAUGGGAGGACCAAAUGGAAUGGGUCGUCCACCUGGUGGACCAAACGGAAGGGGACCACCAAAUGGCAUGGGAGGACCAAAUGGAAUGGGUGGACCCCCUGGAGGACCAAAUGGAAUGGGUCCUGGUAACUGGCAAGGCAUGAACAACGGGGGAAACGGAAAUGGCAAUAGUAAUAAUCGCUAUAGAAAUGGAAACUCUAAUCAAGGUUACAGUACUUCAUCUACGACAACAACUGAUGGUUGGUAA